AUGCAAAAUAAAAAAUAUCAAUGCAUGAAACAAUCAAUUUGUAUGCCUAGAAAGGAAAGCAUACUAUCCUUUUCAUGGAUAGUCAUGGAUAGUAGCUUACAUCAAUUCACAACUUGUUUUAGUCUUAAUAAAAAUAUAAGUUAUUUUUUUAGUCAGCUCAAAGUUCAAGCUCAAGGAAGAUAUUGUAGUCAACAUAAUAUUGAAUAUGAACCAUCAACAUCCAAGCCAAUAGGCCAGCUCAAAGUUCAAGCUCCAGAAGCAUAUUUUAGUCAACUUAAUAUUGAACAUGUACCAUCAACAUCUAAGCCAAUAGUACAGCUCAAAGUUCAAGCUCAAGGAAGAUAUUGUAGUCAACUUAAUACUGAAAAUGUACCAUCAACAUCCAAGCCAAUAGGUCAGCUCAAAGUUCAAGCUCAAGGAAGAUAUUGUAGUCAACUUAAUACUGAAUAUGUACCAUCAACAUCCAAGCCAAUAGGUCAGCUCAAAGUUCAAGCUCAAGGAAGAUAUUGUAGUCAAGUUAAUAUUGAAGAUGUACCGUCAACAUCCAAGCCAAUAGGACUUAAUAGAAAUAUAUGUCAUUUGUUUAGUCAGCUCAAAGUUCAAGCUCAAGGAAGAUAUUGUAGUCAACUUAAUAUUGAAUAUGUACCAUCAACAUCCAAGCCAAUAGGCCAGCUCAAAGUUCAAGCUCCAGAAGCAUAUUUUAGUCAACUUAAUAUUCAACAUGUACCAUCAACAUCUAAGCCAAUAGUACAGCUCAAAGUUCAAGCUCAAGGAAGAUAUUGUAGUCAACUUAAUACUGAAUAUGUACCAUCAACAUCCAAGCCAAUAGGUCAGCUCAAAGUUCCAGCUCAAGGAAGAUAUUGUAGUCCACUUAAUACUGAAUAUGUACCAUCAACAUCCAAGCCAAUAGGUCAGCUCAAAGUUCAAGCUCAAGACAGAUAUUGUAGUCAACUUUAUACUGAAGAUGUACCAUCAACAUCCAAGCCAAUAGGUCAGCUCAAAGUUCAAGCUCAAGGAAGAUAUUGUAGUCAACUUAAUACUGAAUAUGUACCAUCAACAUCCAAGCCAAUAGGACAGCUCAAAGUUCAAGCUCAAGGAAGAUAUUGUAGUCAACUUAAUACUGAAUAUGUACCAUCAACAUCCAAGCCAAUAGGACAGCUGAAAGUUCAAGCUCAAGGAAGAUAUUGUAGUCAACUUAAUACUGAAUAUGUACCAUCAACAUCCAAGCCAAUAGGACAGCUCAAAGUUCAAGCUCAAGGAAGAUAUUGUAGUCAACUUAAUACUGAAUAUGUACCAUCAACAUCCAAGCCAAUAGGACAGCUCAAAGUUCAAGCUCAAGGAAGAUAUUGUAGUCAACUUAAUACUGAAUAUGUACCAUCAACAUCCAAGCCAAUAGGACAGCUCAAAGUUCAAGCUCAAGGAAGAUAUUGUAGUCAACUUAAUACUGAAUAUGUACCAUCAACAUCCAAGCCAAUAGGACAGCUGAAAGUUCAAGCUCAAGGAAGAUAUUGUAGUCAACUUAAUACUGAAUAUGUACCAUCAACAUCCAAGCCAAUAGGACAGCUCAAAGUUCAAGCUCAAGGAAGAUAUUGUAGUCAACUUAAUACUGAAUAUGUACCAUCAACAUCCAAGCCAAUAGGACAGCUCAAAGUUCAAGCUCAAGGAAGAUAUUGUAGUCAACUUAAUACUGAAUAUGUACCAUCAACAUCCAAGCCAAUAGGACAGCUCAAAGUUCAAGCUCAAGGAAGAUAUUGUAGUCAACUUAAUACUGAAUAUGUACCAUCAACAUCCAAGCCAAUAGGACAGCUCAAAGUUCAAGCUCAAGGAAGAUAUUGUAGUCAACUUAAUACUGAAUAUGUACCAUCAACAUCCAAGCCAAUAGGACAGCUCAAAGUUCAAGCUCAAGGAAGAUAUUGUAGUCAACUUAAUACUGAAUAUGUACCAUCAACAUCCAAGCCAAUAGGACAGCUCAAAGUUCAAGCUCAAGGAAGAUAUUGUAGUCAACUUAAUACUGAAUAUGUACCAUCAACAUCCAAGCCAAUAGGACAGCUCAAAGUUCAAGCUCAAGGAAGAUAUUGUAGUCAACUUAAUACUGAAUAUGUACCAUCAACAUCCAAGCCAAUAGGACAGCUCAAAGUUCAAGCUCAAGGAAGAUAUAGUAGUCAACUUAAUACUGAAUAUGUACCAUCAACAUCCAAGCCAAUAGGCCAGCUCAAAGUUCAAGCUCCAGAAGCAUAUUUUAGUCAACUUAAUAUUCAACAUGUACCAUCAACAUCUAAGCCAAUAGUUCAGCUCAAAGUUCAAGCUCAAGGAAGAUAUUGUAGUCAACUUAAUACCGAAUAUGUACCAUCAACAUCCAAGCCAAUAGGACAGCUCAAAGUUCAAGCUCAAGGAAGAUAUUGUAGUCAACUUAAUACUGAAUAUGUACCAUCAACAUCCAAGCCAAUAGGACAGCUCAAAGUUCAAGCUCAAGGAAGAUAUAGUAGUCAACUUAAUACUGAAUAUGUACCAUCAACAUCCAAGCCAAUAGGCCAGCUCAAAGUUCAAGCUCCAGAAGCAUAUUUUAGUCAACUUAAUAUUCAACAUGUACCAUCAACAUCUAAGCCAAUAGUUCAGCUCAAAGUUCAAGCUCAAGGAAGAUAUUGUAGUCAACCUAAUACCGAAUAUGUACCAUCAACAUCCAAGCCAAUAGGUCAGCUCAAAGUUCAAGCUCAAGGAAGAUAUUGUAGUCAACUUAAUACUGAAUAUGUACCAUCAACAUCCAAGCCAAUAGGUCAGCUCAAAGUUCAAGCUCAAGGAAGAUAUUGUAGUCAACUUAAUACUGAAUAUGUACCAUCAACAUCCAAGCCAAUAGGUCAGCUCAAAGUUCAAGCUCAAGGAAGAUAUUGUAGUCAAGUUAAUAUUGAAGAUGUACCGUCAACAUCCAAGCCAAUGAGAUAUGUUAAUAAUAAUAUUAGUCAUGAAAAAUAA